UCAGCGGCCUGAUGUCAUGGGCGAAAUAUGAUGACGCAAGUAGGAAUCGGCGGCACUGCGAACAACUAGCUAAUCACAAAUGAUAGAAACAAUCGUUUUGUUGUAAGGUCCUAUGUUUCUGUAAAGAGUUGCAAUCGCGAUGAUUCAUGAGCUUUUGCUGGCUUUGAGUGGGUACCCUGGGACAAUUUUCACGUGGAAUAAACGGACCGGUUUACAGGUUUCUCAAGACCUGCCGUUUCUCCAUCCCAGUGAGACGAGCGUCCUGAACCGGUUAUGCAAACUAGGUUCCGACUACAUUCGUUUUACGGAGUUCAUUGAGCAACACACCGGCCAUGUACACCAGCAGGAGCACCACCCCAAUCAACCCUGUCAGGCUGGGCUUCAUGGGGUCUACCUCCGCGCUUUCUGCACAGGACUGGACUCCAUGUUGCAGCCUUAUCGACAGGCUCUACUCGAUCUAGAGCAGGAGUUCCUAGCCGAUCCACAUCUUUCCAUAUCACAUGUGAAUUACAUGCUGGAUCAGUUUCAGCUCCUCUUCCCCUCUGUCAUGGUGGUGGUGGAGACGAUCAAAUCUCAAAAGGUUCAUGGGUGCCAGAUUCUGGAGACUGUUUACAAGCACAGCUGCGGAGGACUGCCCCCUGUCCGCAUGGCUUUGGAGAAGAUCCUGGCGGUUUGUCACGGAGUGAUGUACAAGCAGCUGGCCGCCUGGAUGCUGCACGGACUGCUGCUGGACAAGAGCGAAGAAUUUUUUGUCAAGCAAGGUCCCAGUGCAGGGGGGGGUGGCCAAGCCCAGGAAGAGGAGGAGGAAGACCUGGGGAUUGGUGGACUCAGCGGGAAACAGCUCAGGGAGCUGCAGGAUCUGCGACUCAUUGAGGAGGAGAACAUGCUGGCACCAUCGCUUCAGCAGUUCUCCCUCCGUACUGAGAUGCUGCCUUCCUACAUCCCCGUGCGCGUGGCCGAGAAGAUCCUCUUUGUUGGCGAGUCCGUCCAGAUGUUCGAGAACCACACCCAAAACCCUCCCCGUGCCGGCUCCAUCCUGAAGCACCAGGAGGACACGUUUGCUGCAGAACUUCACCGACUGAAACAGCAGCCACUCUUCAGCCUGGUAGACUUCGAGAACCUCAUUGAUGGCAUUCGCAGUACUGUGGCAGAGCAUCUUUGGACAUUGAUGGUUGAGGAAUCUGAUCUUCUGGGACAGCUGAAGAUCAUCAAAGACUUUUAUCUCCUUGGAAGAGGUGAGCUCUUCCAGGCGUUCAUUGAUCAUGCCCAGCACAUGCUGAAGACUCCUCCCACAGCGGUCACAGAGCAUGACGUUAAUGUGGCCUUCCAGCAAGCAGCUCAUAAGGUCUUGCUGGAUGACGACAACCUGUUGCCCCUCUUACACCUCACCAUUGACUACCAAGGGAAAGAGACCAAAGAGGCUGCAGGUAAUCGUGAAGGAGCUACUCCUCCACAAGACAUCUCUCCUCGAGAGCUUCCAUCUACUGGCUGGGCGGCGUUGGGCUUGGCCUACAAGGUGCAGUGGCCCUUACACAUCCUGUUCACCCCCGCUGUACUGGAGAAGUACAACGUGGUGUUUCGCUACCUGCUAAGUGUGCGCAGAGUCCAGUCAGAACUGCAGCACUGCUGGGCUCUCCAGAUGCAGAGGAAACACCUGAAGUCCAACCAGACCGACGCUGUCAAGUGGAGACUCCGCAACCACAUGGCCUUCUUGGUGGACAAUCUACAAUAUUAUCUCCAGGUGGACGUGCUCGAAUCACAGUUCUCUCAGCUCUUGCAACAGAUCAACUCCACCAGGGAUUUUGAGAGCAUCAGGCUGGCUCACGAUCACUUUCUCAGCAACCUGCUGGCUCAGUCCUUCAUCCUGCUCAAACCUGUGUUUCACUGCUUGAAUGAGAUCCUGGAUUUGUGCCACAACUUCUGCUCGCUGGUCAGUCAGAACCUGGGCCCGUUGGAUGACAGGGGCACCGCACAGUUGGACAUCUUAGUCAAGGGAUUCAGCAGACAGUCCUUCCUGCUGUUUAAGAUCUUAUCCAGUGUGCGCAACCAUCAGAUUAACUCCGAUCUGGCACAGCUACUGCUGAGGCUGGACUACAACAAGUACUAUACCCAGUCAGGGGGCACGCUGGGCAGCUUUGGAUUAUGAAGCGCCACGUGACGACCUGCCACCGCAUCCAUGCCGGACCAGUAUUUGUGCUUUCUUGGCGUCAUGUGACUGAAAGAUGAGACAGUCGGUGGUCGCAACAGAGUGUAAGAGUGGCAUCCAGUUAUUCACUGCAGCUGAUGUGUAUAAAUUGUAAAUAGGCGGUAAAGACUGUAAAGAACGCUCUGGAGACUGAAUAAAAACAAAGUGAAACAAU